UGUUGGAUGGGCUUGGACUGCAUUACGAGUGAAUUGCAAAAUACUCUAUAAGGGGAUUCAUGGACAACAGAAACUUGUCAAAUAAUGGCCUUCAUCUGAGACUGCUAAUCAUAGGGCAGAAACGGACUGGAAGGAGUUCUGUAGGCAACACAAUCCUGGGCAAGUGUGUGUUCGAUAAAUGGGGUGGAGCAGAUAGCGCUGUAGCACUUGGAGAAUCUGAGGGCCGCCAACUGUUGGUCGUGGAUGCCUGUGGGUGGGGAGCAGAAGAGAAUCUCAUCCCUAAACAGGAGAAGGUGGAUCUACAUAACGCCCUGUCACUAUGCGAGCCUGGACCCCAUGUUCUGCUUCUAGUCAUUCCCUUACUGCACUUCAGAAACGCAGAGAGAGCAGUCCUAAAAAACCGCAUGGAGCUCCUUACAGAGGGCGUAUGGAGGCACACCAUGGUUGUGUUCACGCUGGGUGAUCGGCUGCGAGACUGCAGCAUACAGGAUCACAUUAAGGCAUCUGGAGAGGAUUUACAGUGGGUGAUGGAGAAGUGCAGGUACAGGUACCGAGUGCUGAACAACAAGACUCCACAAGACAGACAACAAGUCUCUGGUCUACUAGACCGUGCAGAAGACAUGCUGAUGGAGAACGGGGGAUGGCACUUCUCCCUACACAUGUACUGCAGGCUGGAGGAGGAAUGGUGUCGAAGAGGGAGAGAAUUGAAAGAAAGGCAAGAUGGAAUGGAACGAAUGAUCCAAGGACUAGCUGUAGUUCCCAAUCAGACCAGACAAGGUGUUCUGCAUUUGAACGAUACUCCAGUGAAAGUAGUUUUCCAUGGGUAAUGUCUGCCAAACAAGUUACGCUGCACAACUAUUGUUUUGGCAUGAACUGAAGUGAUAUUUUGAGCUGUGGAAAUGCAAAAAAUUACCAUCUGCUGUACAUGGUAGUUGACACAUAACAUGUCCAUGGAUUCUUUUUAACAUCAUCAACAUUUUAGAGUAGAAUUUAGAAGACAAAGCAUAGACUUUAUGUUCUACGACUGUUUAUAACAGUUUUUAAACACCUUUUUGAUUCCAAAAUUAUUUUAAACCAUUCUUUUAAUUUGUGUGGUGUGACAAUAAAAUUUUUACACAUACAAAUAUUCCAUAAAGUCACUCAAUUAACCACAAAAGUUGCAUGCAUAAUAUUAGGAAUUAGGACAUUUUUGUAAUUAGUUUGAGUGCAGCAUGCCAUAUUGCAGAACAUGUAAACUUUCCAAUAGUAUUUCCUGUCACCUACCCACAUUUCUUUGGUUUUAAGUAUUUUUUUUUUGUCUCUUUUGUUAUAUAAUCUUUAAUGUAAGUUCACAUGUUAUAUGGUAACUUCUCACAGUGGAAAAAAGUGCCAUCCAUUGUUCCUGGCAGGCUACUCUGCCUUGCAGGCUGCAUUUGGUUAGGAUUAGGUCAUGUACUGCCUUCCAGGAACAAAACGUGGCACCUUUGUACAAUAGACUCACAUACAACUGACUCAUAUUGCCUCCGAUGGA